UCAUUAAAGUUUAGAAACAGAAGAAUGUAACCUGAUAUAUCAGGUAUACGCACAUAUUUAAGAAAGUAUCGACAUAAACACACAGAAAGAAAUUCAGACCACAAUCAUGAUGACAUUUCGGUAUUACCAUAUUCAGAAAAAAGACAAUGAAUGGGUCCCAGAUCUCAAAAAAAUAUACAAAAGUAAUCAUUUCUUUCUAAAAAUCAUACUGACCUCAGUGACCUUCUACAAAAAUAGAAGAUAGAGUUUUCAUCCAGGUUAAGUGACCUUUGAGUGGAAUGUGACGGUGUUUAAAUGAUUUGCAUACAAAACUGAACUACUCUGACGUGUCGAUGCAAAUGCAUGACGCAAACCACACUUGUUCGGUUGUCUUAACAGAGAUAUUUUCAACAGUCUCUUUAACAAAUCAUUUACAAACACAAGAGGAAUAUAAAUCAGAUGUGACGCUCUGGAGACCUGUAGUUAACCUGACUGGCUCUGUUCGUGUUAACUUUUGAUCAAAUAGCUUCCCUAUGCUCUUGCUAUCAACAUAUACGCACUUGCUCUUGUUGAUAGAGUGCAGGGUGGUGUAUUGAUGCCAGCAGCAGCACACUCUCUCUGCUCCAAAAGCUGUUUAGUGUUUAGUAAGAAGCUUAGGCAUGAGUUGGAAAUGUAACAGAGUUCGCCAGUCAGUGUGUGUCCAACUCCUUACUGCCAAACAUCAAAUCCAUCAAUGCGUCUCUUUGUCAGAGCCUGCUUUUCCCUUUUCCUCUUCCUUGCUUGCUUUUUUUCAGUAGUUCCUCUCCUGAUUUUGCUUUCUCCGGUCUGUCUUUCAGUUCCUCUAUCUCUCUGCAUGUUUGUGAUUGGGACAGAGCUGCCAUGGUUCUUAGGAUGUAAGGACCUGUGUGUCUUCUAAAAGGAAGAACAGAAGCUAAAUCACACAGAAAAGAGGAAAGAGAAAAACUGUACCGGUGAAGAUGAAUGUUCUGGAGGCUUCAGGAGACCCAGAGGGAGAAGGCAGUGACGACUUAACAGGAAGGAAGAAGUCCAGGUUAAAGUCUACGUCACGCCUGUUUGGGAAGAUAAGGAGGAAACAGGAUGAUAGUGGCAUGAACCAGAGUCAGUCUGAAAGUGACAUAACACGGAGUGUGGAAGACUCAGAUUACUCCAAAGGCAUGCUGGGAUCCCGGGCAUUUUCACAUGACAGCAUUUUUCAUGCAGAGCACAGUCAUUCAGACCCUGAACCACUAAGAAAUCUGUCUCAAGAGAACAUUCAUGGCAAAAUUCGAGCUCUGCAGAUAAAACUCCAGCAGCAAAAGCUGCAUUUAGGUCCUCCCCCACUUCUGUUGCCCAUUAAACGGCGUGAAGACUUAGGUGGAAGUUCAGAAGAUGACAGCCUUCCUCGUAACCCCUCUGAAGUAUCCCGUGGAGAAGGACUAUACAUGAGCAUAUCGAACAAGGCCUCUUCACAGCCUCUUUCUCCUCGGCCGGUCAGCCCAGCACCUGCACUUGCCCCUGGCUCAGUGGACUUCAGCACUCCUCCACAGUUCACUUCCCUCCUGGACAACUCUGCUGCCCGUCACCGUAUGUCCCUCAAACCUAAGAACCAAAGAGCCAGUGCCAAGAACAGGAGGGUGACCACUUCGGCUGGAAGCAGAGCACGAUCUGAGAGUUUAAACAAUCUGGACCGAUCACUGACUACUAGGGAGGAAGAGACUCCUGUAAAAGAGAUACCUCGCGCUCGCUCGUAUUCCUCACAGGUCUUACGGGGGGAGAGGCUUACGACUUCACAAAUCAAGAGUCCAGUUCCAGUUUCACCUUUAAUGUCUCUGCAGACUUCUGGAGAUAGUAGACAAGUUUCUGCUGAACCUGAGAUUGAGAGAAACAUUCUGUCCACAUCACCUCCAAGCCCUAGCCUACGGGAAACAACUCCAGCUGCGUCACCAGUAGCCAAACCACCAAUCCCAGUCGUGCCAAUUGACAAAAAGGGAAAAGGAGAAGUGAGUGAGAUGCUCAGUAGCUCCAAACUACUCAAGAACAGCCAAAGUAACAUUGUGUCAACUAUAAGACCAAGUGUAACUACCACACCAGAAUUGAGUCCUGUGAAAAAUGAGAAGUCUAAUGCUGUGCUAAUACAAACCAAGUUGGACAAAAACAGUGUUCUGAAUGCAGUAAAUAUAGAGAAAAGCCCAGCCUCUACUCAUGUUCCAACCAAUGUGAUUUGUGGAGUAAAUCUGAGACCAUCAUCUCUGAGGAGAAAUAUACCUUCCACAGAUGACAAACUUGAGUCCAGGAUCCUUCAGCCAGUCAGCACAGUGUCAGCUGUUAGUAAUGAAGAUCACACUCAAACAGAAUCCAUAAAGCGCCAAAGAACUGUGUCUGGAUCGUUCCACUUUAAUGUCUCCUCAGACAAGGGUCUAGAGCGGCCGAGGACUGCAAGCUUCACUGGAGUAGUUGGACAAGCUGGACUGAAAAAGGAACCUCCAUCUCCUGCCAAACCUCCUUUAAAUUUCAAGUUAGAGCGGCAAGUAAGUCCACAAGUUGAGAAAACAAUAAAAGACCCAUCUGCUAACUUAACACCAACUUCAAAGGAGGAAGACAAAACGGACACUUCUCCAGUGUUACCAACAAAGUUCACUGAUCUAGCAAAGAGCCGUCCUUGGGCCCCGGAUGUGGAGGAGAGUCAGGACAACGAGAAGCAGGAGAUUGGAGUAGAGGCUACUGAAGAAGGAGUACAGGAGGUGGAGGUGGCAGAAGAGGCAGUUGAGGAUGUGAUGGAAGAUGUGACUGUGGGAAAAGAGAGAGAGGCUACAAAUGCAUUUGGAGUGAAGCUUCGCUCUACCUCUCUUUCGCUAAAGUUUCGCUUGGACAAAGCUCAAUCAGAAGACAGAGUAAAACACCAUAGUGCAUCGAUUUCACCUCCGGCCUCACAGUCUGAUUUAACCAGCUAUGUGCAACCUAAAGAGCAACGCACUGGCAUGGGGUCUACAAAAGUCCAUGCUAAACUCAAAGAACCUCCUCUCCAAACAGAUGCAUCCUCAACCUUAGUUCAUUCCUCCUGUUCGCCACCUAAGAGUUUCUGUAGAGACAAAGAGAAAGCUGGCGUUCUCAGACAGGCUGAACCUCCUCAGCCCUCAUCAUUAGCCAGCAAAUCCACGAUGGUUGCACCUUCACUAGGGAAAGAAGGUACAGACUUGCCUCCAGAAGAGAUUACAGCGGUAUCCUCUCAGGAGAACGCUCCAACAUCUACUGCUUCAGAGGUGUCCUGGAUGGAGAUGGCCAGAGAGAAGACCAGAAGUCUCCAACAGCUCUUUACCAGUAGACUGCCUGAGUUUCCCAGCUUGCAAUCACGACCAACAACCUUGACCACAACACAACCACAAACCCAAACAUCCACUUCACAAGCCAAUCCAAGAAUCACACAGAACAUUUCAAGCCAGUCGACGACUACACAACCUCUUUUGAGACCUACAGAAACAAAACCACUGCCAUCUGCACAGCAUUCUGGAAGAUCCACACAAUCUGCCUCUCAGUUGAUGCAAACUCAGACUAGAACAACAACAAACCAACCUUCAGCAAAUUCAAAUCAGACUCAGAUUGACAGUACCAGAGAAGUCCAGUUUCAGUCCAAGACUCAAGUGUAUAAUUCAACAACAAAACCAACCCAGUCUACGGUUACAUCGAAUGUGCAAUCCACUGCUGUAAACACAGCAAAACAGCCAUCACAAGCAUUGGCACCACAGACACCACCCAUCCAGCCGUCAUCACCACUGCGAGCAGCAUCACAGACCCCCACACAAGCUAUACUGCGUCCCACAGCACCCCCAGGUUACCCACAUCUGUCGUCAAGCCCAAAGUUAACGUCCCAACAGUCUGCCAAUACUGUCUCAAAGGAUCAGCCUCACAAUGAGGGGGGAGAGCCCAGUGUAAUCUCAGGGAAAGCUGACUGGGCGUCUGCAUCUCAGGGGAAGGGGACCGGGUCUGAAGAUGGCAGACCAGUGUGGGCAGCAGGAUUAGGAAACAAGACCUCGCUCUUACAGCGCUGGGAAAACCAAACAACUGCUGCAACCAAGACAGGUGAGCUGAAAUCCACAGCAGAGUCCCAAACCACAUCUCAAUCUACAGCUCCUCUCAGACCGAUCUCAAAGCUCCCAGGCACAGGAUUCGACUCAAGUUUGUCAAUGCAAGCAUCAGUCUCUCCUGUUCCCACGAGGUCAGCAGACAGAGAGGAUAAAGGGCAGCCAUCACCUUCAUCAUCACCUUCAUCAUCUCCUCUGCAGUCUGUCCGUGACACUGCCCAACCAUCCUGGAUGGAGCUGGCCAAGAGGAAAUCCCUGGCAUGGAGUGACAAGACUAUGGACUAAAAAAACAGAGACACGGAGGAAGAGUUUACAAGUGCAAGAAAGAAGUUUUCAGGGUUGGUGGAUCUGAGGGCAUUUUCAUGCUAGUCUUUCCUGAAGUUGUGAGGUUUGCUUCAUUUGAACUUCAGUAGACUUUGAAGUUGAUGUUAAAGCAGUGUGUUCUGGAAGUGAAUCACUAUUGCUUAUGUAUAUUAUUGAGGAAAGUUGCACAUUCAUCAGUCAGUAAACCUCCUAAUAGUGUUUGUCUUCUAAAACCUCAUGUGAGCUGCUUGCGUUCUCUCCAUGUGAAGUAUGAAUGUAUGCACAGCAGAUAAGUUCCAACGAAACAAGAGGGAGAAGUUAAUAUUGUGAGCUUAAAGUCAUGUUCUCUUGCAACAUUGGCUAACAGCUGCUGGUAAUGUAUUUUGUAAAUGCACCACAGUGCAGCACAACAGAACUGAGUGAGAAAGUAGAUCAGCGUUGGAAGGGGAGGGAAACAAAUUCAGGUUGAGACUCAAUCAAAAGCAACCGGAGUGAGAUCUCAGGAAGAGAAAUAGAUGGCACUGUAUGUUUUCCUUACCCACACGUGUGCAGACACUAAAACAAUAACGGUCUCCCAUGUAAUAUGUUGCAAUAUGUUUCUCAGGUUUAACACAUUGUAUCGUUUUCGUGUGAAAAUGAUUAAUGUGAUUAUUUCCUUUCCAAUGACAAAUUCUAUUUAUUUGCAUGAAUUCCAUCCAAGAAUGUGUAUGUAUUGUGACAUUAUAUCACCUGUUGAUUUUCUGACACCUAUUAGAUUUGAAGAUCUGUUAUUUUAUGUUAAAUUAUGUGACUGUAAGAAUAUUUCAAAUUACUCUGAGCUUGCUAUUGAAAAUAUCAACUCGACUUCCUUCACCAAUAAAUUCAUCUUACUAACUCUGGGACGUGAUUUAGGAUUUAUCAUGAAUAUAAAAUAUCACUAACACAACAACAAAAAUAAUAAAAUAAAUAUUGUUUGAAAGUAGAAAUUAAUUUUGAUGUGCUUUACACAAUAUAAGAAGCUUUCAGAAUAUAUUUCAGUUAAUCGGUUUAAUUUGUUCGGUUUUAUUUUAAAAACCAAAUGACCAUAUUUGGAAUGGCAAAUUAGCAAACUAUAGAUUAAAAAAACAAAUUAGUAUUGACUUAAAACAAUCAAUACAAAAAUAAUUGCAAUUUUAAAUUUUAUUCUAGUGUUACCAUACAUCAUACAUAUAUAUAGUGGAUAAAAUAAGUAUUGAACACAUCACCAUUUUUCUCAGUAAAUAUGUUUCUAAAGAUGCUGUUGACAUGAAAUUUUCACCAGAUGUCAGUAACAACCCAAGUAAUCCAUAGAUACAAAGAACAAAAAUACAAAUAAGUUCAGAAAUUAAGUCCUGUCUAAUAAAACGAAAUGACACAGGGAAAAAGUAUUGAACAUGCUUACUGAAAUUGAUUUAAUACUUCGUACAAAAGCCGUUGUUGGUAAUGACAGCUUUAAGACGCCUCUUGUAUGGAGAAACUAGUCGUAUGCAUUGCUCAGGUGUGAUUUUGGUCUUUCUGAAGCGCUCCACAAGUGAUCCUUGGCUCUUGGACAACUCUUCUGAUCAUUUUUUUCACUCCUGUCAGAAAUCUUGCGAGGAGCACCUGGUCGUGGCUGGUUUAUGGUGAAAUGAUGUUCUUUCCACUUCUGGAUUAUGGCCCCAGCAGUGCUCACUGGAACAUUCAGAAGUAUAGAAAUCCUUCUGUAACCAAUGCCAUCAGUAUGUUUUGCAACAAUAAGGUUGCGCAGGUCUUGAGAAAGCUCUUUGCUUUUACCCAUCAUGAAAUGUUUCUUAUGUGACACCUUGGUCAUGAGACACCUUUUUAUAGGCCAUCAUUUGGGACUGAACCAGCCACUAUUAAUUUCCACUGACAUGGGGCAGGAUUGCUUUCUAAUUACUGAUAGAUUUCAGCUGGUGUCUUGGCUUUCCGUGCCUUUUUGCAUCUCCCUUUCUUCGUGUGUUCAAUACUUUUUCCCUGUGUCAUUCCACUUUAUAACACAGAACUUAUUUGUUUUGCUUUCUUUGUAUGUAUGGAUUACUUGGAUUGUUACCGACAUCUGGUGAAACUUUCAUGUCA